GCGGAAGGACCCGCUGAGCCGAAGAGGAAGAGAGAGGCUUGCCCGGGGGAAUCCAGACGCACCGCAGCACGCGCGACGGGUCCCGAGGUGCAAAAACUCAGGUGCUCGCAGUCCCGGCGCCUCACCCACACCGCCCAGGAGUGAAAACAGACUCACAGAGAAGGUGAAUAACAGUUCCAGGGCCGCCCCGUUGCUAAGUGGUGAUGCCAGGAUGCAGACCCAUGAUGUCUGACUCCAGAGCUAGUGCUCCAACCCCUCUACUAUAAGGAACAAAGGAAGAAAUCUUGGGGGACAAGUUGGCAGGGUUCACCAGAGCCAGAACUCUUGGGGGAUACAGAAAAAGUAGAAGAUACGAUACAUGUACUCUGUAAGUUUAUAUUCCCAUUUAGGGAGUUGAGAUGAACAGUUAAAAGAACGAACAAAAUGAGAUAGUUUGUAAUUAUUACAUUAUGUAGGUCAAAUUUAAGUGUAGCGGGCAUUGGGUUUUUAAAUAUGCCAGUGACCUCAGAACUGUAAUAUACCCCAUCUUCUCUGUUACCUAUAGAUAUCACUGUGCUUGCUCUAAGCCAGGCAUCUUUUGUCUGUCACUAAAUACACUCUGAUUAUAUUUUUAUUUUCUUCUGCAGUUGUUAGACUUUGCAUUCGUGGCUUUGAAUUUUUAUGUCUACAGCUCAAAAAACAGUAACACUUCCGUAACUGGUAAGUGGCAAAGCUGGAGAGCUGAAUCGGAAGUCUGCCUGUGGAAUCCAGGCUAUGAACUAGGAUACUCUGUUGUCUCUCAUGCCUGUUUUCCACAACCUCUAGACUUUUUUCCACUGGCAUGACAGGUGUACUCUCUGUCAGAUGGUGAGGAAUCCUUUUGCCCCAAAUGAGUGGGGUCAGGUUGAGUCUCUGAGCAGUGAUCUCCCUGUUCUAGAAGUCAUCAUCUAGCUACAGUCUGAAUACCUCACUCAGUUACCCACAUAUUCAUCACUUUUUAAUUGAAGAGAAGGUGUCCAGCAGGUAUUUCAGUACAGGAAAAGCAAAGGCAAAUAAAAUGUAUUCCCUGUCCUGGGGAGCUUGGUCUAGUGGGAGAGAGGUAAAUAAACAAUCAUGAUAGAGUAUACAUGGUUUACUAGAGGUAGCAAAACAGAGCAAAACUGGUCAAAAUUAGAAUAUGGAAAGGAUAGUUAGGGAAAUCUGAAGAUAGUUAAUUAGAUCACACUGAAGCCUUAAAACUGUAAGUGCUGGUUUUAGGUGAGAUUCUUGCUUAAAAGAAUGAAGCUAUGGAAAAAGAAAGGGAUGUCCCUUUUGUCCUGACCAUAUUACAAUUUAAGUAAUAGUAAUUUUUUAUAUAUUUGACCUCCCUGAGUUAGAUUCAUUUUCUUUCUUGGGUCUGCUGUUGUUUACCCCUGCUCUUUGAGGUUUCAGACUGCCUGUAUCACCUGUAGAGAUAAAGUGGGAGGCCUUUCUGAUAGUACUUUCCCGAACACUGCUCCCUUCUUGUCUCCGCCUUUUCCUGUCUUUAAAAAUGGUCACCUCCUCUACAGAAUUAAGCUCUACAUGUUACAUUCUUUUUGUUUGCUCUGUGUCUUUGUGUACUUGUAAGCCUUUUUCACGAUUCUAAACUGGGAAUGGACUUUGCCUGGGAGUUUUAUCAUUAAUGGACAUUCCUUGAAGAAGGAGAGGAAUUACAUUUAUGUUUUGUAGACUUUUUUCAGCAGCUCAAUGGCCUCCCCGAAGAAGAAGCUUCAAGGUCUCGUUGCUGCAACCAUCACGCCAAUGACUGAGCAUGGAGAAAUCAACUUUUCAGUCAUUGGUCAGUAUGUGGAUUAUCUUGUGGAAGAACAGGGAGUGAAGAACAUUUUUGUGAAUGGCACGACGGGAGAAGGCCUGUCCCUGAGCGUCUCAGAGCGUCGCCAGGUCGCAGAGGAGUGGGUGGCCAAAGGGCGGAACAAGUUGGAUCAGGUGGUAAUUCAUGUAGGAGCCCUGAGCUUGAAAGAUUCACAAGAACUGGCCCGACAUGCAGCAGAAAUAGGAGCUGAUGGCAUCGCCGUCAUUGCACCUUUCUUUCUCAAGCCAAGGAACAAAGAUAUCUUGAUUAAUUUCCUAAAGGAGGUAGCUACUGCCGCCCCAGCAUUGCCAUUUUAUUAUUAUCACAUUCCGGCCUUGACAGGGUUAAAGAUUCGUGCUGAGGAAUUGUUGGACGGGAUUCAGGAUAAGAUCCCCACCUUCCAAGGGCUGAAGUUCAGUGACACCGAUCUCUUAGACUUCGGGCAAUGUGUUGAUCAGAAUCGCCAGCAACAGUUUGCUUUCCUUUUUGGGGUGGAUGAGCAACUAUUGAGUGCCCUGGUGAUGGGAGCGACUGGAGCAGUGGGUAGUACCUAUAACUACAUGGGAAAAAAGACAAACCAGAUGUUGGAGGCUUUCGAACGAAAGGACUUCUCUUCAGCCCUGAACCAUCAGUUUUGUAUUCAGAGAUUUAUCAACUUUGUGCUCAAACUCGGUUUUGGAGUGUCGCAGACCAAAGCCAUCAUGACUCUGGUCUCUGGGAUUCCAAUGGGACCACCCCGGCCUCCACUGCAGAAAGCCUCCAGGGAGUUUAUUGAUGAUGCAAAAGCUAAGCUGAAGAGCCUGGAUUUUCUUUCUUCCACUGAUUUAAAGGAUGGAAACUUAGAAUCCUAUAGCUAGUGCCUCUCUAUCAAAUUAGAGUGUGUACCUUGAAUGGUACCUUCAUUUCUCAAGGACUUUUUAGAUGAACUUGAACUAAACUCUUUUCUAGCAAAUGAAAUCUCACCCAAUCAACGAGUACUUAAGUGCCUUCUAAGAUCCUAAAAAAUGUUUUAUUUUGUGAAGGGGCAAAACUCUAAAAGGAAUCAUGAGCCCUGAGUUAUUCAAUAUUUCACAAAAUUUUUGUGGAGAAAUUUCUGCUUAUAUGGAUGAAAUGGAAUCAAGAAAAAAAUUAUAAUGAUUCAUUCCAUCUGCCUUUAGGAGCUCCCAUUAUCUUGAUUUCUGAUUCUUAAUCCUAUUUUAAUUUUUUUUUUAAAUUUUAAACCACUAUAAUGUACUUCCAUUUUAAUAAAUAUUCAUUUGGAGUCUAGGACAACUCUGAGCUACUUCAUUUAGGCAAAUACACUUACUUCAAUGCCAAAUUACAACAUAACUCAACUCUACACAACUAUUAACACACCCGCUCACUUGGCUGCUCAGUCUAAUUCUAGAAUAUCUGCUUUCUGAUUCACUGUGAUGUCAGUUUUCCCCCAAAACACUGCAUUAGGUGAAGACUUGCUUCAGUUCUUAUCACUCAACGGCCCAUUAGAGUAGCUUUUCAUAGAACAAAGAAAAGGCCCUCCCCAAAGAUGAACUCAAGUCUCCACUUCUUCAUAUAUAUAGAGAACUUCUCAGAGCUCAAAAUCUCAACCAAAGAGCUCUCCUCUGGGCACCACACACUUCCCCUUUCCCCACAGGAAGUGAAUGGCUCCCCCACAGUGCCCUGAAUGUAAGUGAAGGCCAAUGUCCCCUCUAUUGUGAGCCCAGGGGCUAACUGUUAUUUCCUGGUCACACUUCAGCACAUUUCGAAGAUUGGGGGAGGACCAAAAGAUUUCACUCUCACUAUCCCUACAUACCUUCUUUAUUCUUUCUUUCUCAGUAGUAUGGCUGUUUUAGUCUCCUUUCCAAAAAACCCUGGUUAGUGCCUCUAAUAACAAAGUGUAUUGCCAGUCAACCCUUGGUGAUUGUAAACCUGACUAUCCAGUCUAUCAAUUACUGAGGAUUUUUUUUUUUAAGAUUUUAUUUUAUUUGAGAGAGAGAAUGAGAGAGAGUAUGAGAAGGGGGAGGGUCAGAGGGAGAAGCAGACUCCCCACAGAUCAGGGAGCCCGAUAUGGGACUCGAUCCUGGGACUCCAGGAUCAUGACCUGAGCCGAAGGCAGUCGCUUAACCAACUGAGCCACCCCGGUGCCCAAUUACCAAGGAUUUUUACUCUUUUUUUUUUUUUUCACUCUUUAUAUUUUAUCUCUGAAAAGGAGAACUUUUUCAAAAUGAGAAUUUGAAAUUAUCUGUGGAUUCAGUUACCGUUGUCAAUUGAUCAGUUAAGAGUUGUUAUAUUUAUGGCUCCUCACUCCUCUUUUUGCUCAGGAAUGACAUGUGCUGUUUUCUCAUAUUUCUACCUCCUUCAGGAGUAAGGCGUUGGAAUAAGAAAUUGAACUGCAGUGGUUUAUGUGAAUUUAUAUUCUCUCACUGAAACAUUUCUUUAUAGCCGUUAAUUUCCUAAAGGAAGAAAAGGGAGGUUUUUGGUUCUGAAGAGGUCAUAUCCUUACUUAAGUAUUUAAGUCAAAUUAAUUUUUUCUAUGAAGAUACAUCUUGGCUAUCCACUAGCCAAGAUUUUUUUUUUUUUUUUCUGUUUUUCUGUUUUUGUUUUUCUGAAGUCAGUGCUUGGAGAACUUUGAAGAUGGUUAAGAAGAGUUUGUAAACACAAAGAGAAAUAAGAUGAUUUUUCUUCAGUGACAAGGGUUGAAUUUAACUCUGUGUGUUCUAACAUCCAACUCCUUGGAAAUGAAUGUUACAUAGCAAUAGUUGCUAAUAAUGCCUUUUAUCAAAAGUAAAUUUUUGGAGUAUUAUGAAUUUA